AUGCUCCAGUGUUCUAACUUCGGCGCCUGUGCACUCUUCCUCAUUUCUGCCGCAUGCGUCAUACUGGUCAUUUCGUACACCGGCGCAAACAUCGCCACUAAACCGUCAUCCGCGCAGCCUGGCGGAAAGAACGCGCGCGGAGGCGGGGAAAGCGCGGAUGUCAUGGAGGAAGGCGGGGGGGAGGGGGACGACGGGGGGGAAAUGUCGUUCGUGAAAGGCGGCGUCGGCGCGGCGCCGUUCCUUCCGGAUUUCGAUCUGAGCCGUCCCGUGGAGCACGGGCCGAAGGGGAAGCGGUUGAGUAAAGAGGAGCAGGAGUACGUGAGCGCGGAGGCGGAAUACCAGAUGCGUCUGGCGAGGCGCAACGAGUUGACGGGUGGCAAGCGCCCCGAGCCGCCAUUCCCGCGGUGGAAACCGGGCAAGAUCAAGGAGGUGUUUCUCACGCCCACCUACCCCUGCAAGCGCGCCGAGCGCCUGGGAGGGACUGGGGCGGACGGCGAAGGCGGGAAGUGGGUGUGCAACAUACGGAAGCUGAGAGCCGGGGGGAGGCGGCCAAUCGUGUACAGUGUGGGCAGUGCAGGGGAGACCUCCUUUGAGCAGGCAGUAAGGGAGCGCCUGCGCACCAAGGCGUUCACCUUCGACCCGUUUCUGGACGACCAGCAGGCAGCAGCCCUGCGAGCCAAGCACCUUCUGCGCUACAUCCCCAUUGGGCUGGGCGCGGGCAAGCAGCUGUCUGCAUUAAGGAGAGGGGCGCCGGGGAAGCGGUUUGCCACGCUGGCUCAGCUGAUGGGGAAGCUCAACCACUCGCAUAUUGACGUGCUCAAGAUUGACUGUGAGCGCUGUGAGGAGCGGCUGAUGGAGGAUCUGCUCAACACGUUUGGAAAGGAGAAUCCGCCAGCAGAUCAAAUCCUAGUGGAGAUUCACCAGAUUCGCCACGUAGGCAGGACCACCCAAGUCCUCUUCCCAUUGGAGGACAUGGGUUACCGCCUCUUCAAUGCCGAGGCCAACCCACGCUGCAACACCUGCUAUGAGCUCUCCUUUGUUCACGAAAACUUCUUAAAACCCAAGUCCAUGUUUCCGACUCCUGAUCCGCCUGCUACUGCUGGUGAUGCUGCUGGUGGUGGGGAAGCUGCUGCUGAUCCUGCAGCUGACACUGCCGCUGCUGCUGCUGCUGCUGCUGAUGCUGUUGCUGCUGCCGCUGCGGAAUCGACUGGUGAAGAGGCUGCUGGUGAUGCCACCUCUGGUGGCGAUGCAGGGGGUGAAAGCCAAUAA